AUGUUUGAUAAAUUAAAAUUAAAACAUAAAGCAGGUAAUAUUAUUCCAACAGAUCCAGUAGUAACUCCUGGUCAAGCACCAACAACAAAACAAAUUUAUCAAUUACGUAAAAACAUUGGAGUUAAUUUUGGUUCAUGUUUUGUAUUAGAAAAAUGGAUAUUUCAUAGUUUAUUUGUUGAAGAUACUGGUAAUGAUGAUUGUGAAUUAACUGCAGUUGACAAAAUGAUUAAAAAAUUAGGAGAACAAGAAACUAAAUCAAGAUUUGAAUCUCAUUGGAAUAAUUAUGUAAAUGAAGAAGAUUGGAAAUGGUUACAAGAUCAUCAUAUUAAUUCAAUUCGUUUACCAAUUGGUUAUUGGGAAGUUGAUGGAGGGAAUUUUACCAAAGGAUUAAAAUUUGAGAAAUUUAAAUCCAUUUAUUCAAAUGCUUGGAAUAUUAUUAAACUGAAAUUUAUUGAACAAGCUGCCAAAUAUAAUAUUUCAAUUUUGAUUGAUAUUCAUGGUUUACCAUUUGGUGCUAAUCAUUCAAGUCAUUCUGGAGAACAAGGUGAAAAUAAAUUUUGGGAUGAUGGAAAAGCUCAAUUAUUAAUGACAAAGAUGUUUUCAUUUAUUGCUGAAGAUUUAAACCACUAUGAUAAUAUUGCUGGUAUUCAAAUUGUUAAUGAAGCUGACUUUGCUGAUCCUCCAAAGAAACAAAUUCAAUAUUAUUCUGCAACCAUUAAUGAAAUUAGAUCUAAAAAUUCAACAAUUCCAAUAAUUAUAUCUGAUGGUUGGUGGACUAAUCAAUGGGUUGAAUGGAUUCAAAAUCAACAAGGUGAUAAUGAUCAUAAUAUUGGGGUAGUUAUUGAUCAUCAUGUUUAUAGAUGUUUUUCAGAUGAUGAUAAAUCCAAAGAUCCAAAUCAAAUUAUUCAUGAUUUAGAUAAAGAUGUUUUAACUAAUUUAACUAAUGAUUCAAAGGGAGUUGAUAUUAUGGUUGGUGAAUAUUCAUGUGUUCUUGAUAAUAAAUCAUGGGAGAAAUUACCUAAUGCUAAUAGAAAUGAUAUAGUUCGUCAAUAUGGUAAUAAACAAUGUGAUUUAUUAUAUUCAAGAACUUGUGGAUUCUAUUUUUGGACAUUUAAAUUUGAAUCUGGUAAUGGUGGUGAAUGGGAUUUAAAAACAAUGAUUAAUGAAGGUGCAAUUAAAUUCCCAUCAUUACCAAUUAAUAUUCCUUCAAGAGAAGCAUUUGAAAAUAGUUUAAAUCAAGCAUAUAAUGAUCAUACCAAUUAUUGGAAUUCAACUAGUCCAAAUGAAAAAUUUGAACAUGAUAGAUAUAAAGAUGGGUUUAUAACUGGUUGGGCUGAUUCUGAAGCUUUUGGUAAAUUUAAUGGAUCAAUAAUUGGUAGAAAACAAGCUUUGAAACAUUCUAGAUUACAAGAACAUAUUAAUGUUAAGGGGAAACUGAGAUUUAUAUGGGAAUGGGAACAAGGAUUUGAUAAAGGUAUACAAGAGUUCUCUAAUAAUUGUCAUUAG